AUGACGAUAAUCCAUGUUAUAGCUGCCAUAGCGAUGAUUAUACCUACCAGCAGGGCGCAACAUCAUGGCGGUCAUUGCUUGCCUCCAUAUUCUGCAAUAAGUAUGUGUGACAGACCAUGGCAACUGAUUUAUGAAAACGAAGCCAAUGGAACGCCUGUGUUUGGCAGUAAAGAAGAUCUAAAGCAAGCAGUACUUCGUGGAGCAGAACUUCGUGUCAUGCUGAAGGACACCAGUGUGGAGCCCUCCUCAAUGGUUACCCACACAUUCUGUUCCGGUGUAGACAACGUUAACAUCAGGGGAGACAACAUAUGUUGUGAGAUUCUCUCGCAUAUUGCAACAGCAGGGUACGAAAGUGUUGUAGACGCACACUGGAGGUUCUUUCUGCCCUGCACUACAGGAAGUGUACAUGUGGCACAGUACUAUGUGGAGAGUGCUGAGUUCCUCUCCCAAGACACUCUACGUGCCCGCAUCGCUUGGUAUGCCAAAGAGAUUCAGCAUGAUCUGUACAAUAGCCGACCACUUUUCGCCCACUUCCUGGAUGGUGGCUCUACAGUUGGUAAGAAAGAGGACCUUAUCGACGCUGCCAGAGAAGGCAAAGAGAUCAGAGCUUUGAUGACAGACAGAGGCUAUGCAUUCCCCUUCCAGAUUGUUAUGUGGUCGGAAACUGAUGACCGGAUAAUGGGACAAAGCAACAAGCAUCUGUCCCAGAAAUAUCAGGGAAGCGAUAUCGUUUUCAACACGCAGACGCCCUACAUGUGGUUCUCUUCUUGGUCAACGACAGGCCGCAGAGACAGCUCUAGAUGGGCAGUUGGAGGCGUCACCAACAGAGGUCGCGGUUCUGACUACGUUUCACUGAAAUGGUUCGCGGAUCCUUGCUGGCGUCACGUGUUUACCCACGACAGCAGUGGCAACCAGCUUCGGGGUUCCAGAGAGUCUUUAGUUGCUGCGAUUAAAGACGGCCACCGUGUACGAGUUGUGGUAGAGAAUAAAGCGAUGGAGGCCGCUUUUCUUAGACUGAAAAAUAAUCAUGUUAGUGCAUACUUCCUGGACGAGCUGUCCAGCAAAGGAGGCCAAGGGUUUGAUCAGUUUGACUUCACCACCGACACUUACUACAAGUUCAGCACGACGCACACAACAGGGACAUACAGGCAGUACGGGCAUUUCGUUCGCAACACUUCCACCACCGUUACGCCCAGUCUCACGAAACAGAAGAUCUCGUGGAUGAUCGACGUCAAACCAUGGGAAACCAUCCUCAAGGUCAACGAUAAAGGUGUGGCUGUAUGGGGUCAGAAGCAGAACGUCAAGAGUGCAGUUCUGAAAGCAGCUGCUGUCCGAAUGGGUAUUCAGUUCGAUUCUUCUAGUGGUACCCUUUACGUUGGAGCUGACAAUACUAAAGUAUCGACCGCACCCACAGACGAAGAAACUGUGGCACAAAGCGUCAGAGUCGUCGGUGACAGACCAGUGGGCAGUUUUCGAAUUUGA